GUCUAUGCUCAAAAAUGUCUUUUACGCAUUCGUAGUGAUGGUGGCUGGCUUCCUUGCAAACAUAGCGUCAUAAAUUUCGUUUAAUUUGUAAAAAAUCUUAAUUAUUCGAUCGCAUAACGAUCGUAUUUAUAGUGAAAUAAGUGAAUAAGAAGUUUUCAUAGCAAAUAGAAAUGAGUUCAAGCGUGUGCUACAAGUGCAACAGGACCGGCCAUUUCGCGCGCGAAUGUACGCAGGGGGGCGUGGGUGCACGCGACUCUGGGUUCAACCGCCAGCGCGAAAAGUGCUUCAAGUGCAACCGCACCGGACACUUCGCAAGAGACUGCAAGGAGGAAGCCGACCGUUGCUACAGAUGUAACGGCACGGGGCACAUAGCGCGCGAGUGCGCGCAGAGCCCCGACGAGCCCUCGUGUUACAACUGCAACAAGACGGGGCACAUCGCGCGGAACUGCCCCGAGGGCGGGCGCGAGUCGUCGUCGGGCCAGACGUGCUAUAACUGCAACAAGGCCGGCCACAUCUCGCGCAACUGCCCCGACGGCACCAAGACGUGCUACGUGUGCGGCAAGCCCGGCCACAUCUCGCGCGACUGCGACGAGUCGGAGCGGAACUAACACACGCACCGCCCACACCGUAUAACAAUAAACUAUGUAUAUUAUGAUGCCACGCACGGACUGUAAGCAAAGGACGCGAUACGCGACACUAGAUCGGACGACCGCAGACGUACGACAUGAAAUUAAAGCAACGGAAUUAUAAGACAGAGUAGACGCAGGACGGCGUUGUCGCGAGACUGAGCAGCAUGGAUCGUUGACUUGUACAUAGACUCCGCCGGCGCGGGCUCUCGCCGUAGGUUAAUGUUUGUUCUUGCACGUGAACGAGUUGUGUUUUUAAAUCAUUUAAUAAUCGUGAAUGAACUAUUGAUGAGGUAGCGUUACAGUUUUUAGCAAUACAGAGUAUAUAUUUAAUAUAUUUUGUACAGAUUUAUUUGUCAAAAGAUAAAUUGGAUGCUGGCGUAUGAUGCGUUUUCACUGAGGAGAGGAGGAGACCCCACCGGACUCUCUUGUUCGUCUAGUAGUAGCCUUACUUGUUUGUGGUGUGACGGAACUCGGAGCUGUUCACCUGUGACCAUUUCAUUUUGUUUUCUAUCAAUUCCUUUGUUUAUGAGGUCCUGCUGACUUGUGGAGAAUUCAGUGGUUAAUUAAUUAUUAGAAUUUCAUCAAUCAGUAUAUUUUUUAUUUUGUUAUCCCUUAAUAUGCCUGUAUAAUUGAAUGUACAAUAUCAGCUUGCAGUGGGAGAUAAUAAACAUCUUGCCUUAUUUUUC